CGGCUCCGAUCGGAUCCCGUCCUGCCCCCCGCCCCAGUGUACAAGUUCCUAGUAUUCCGUGGAGGAGCCACCUGCCACUCCCUAGUCUUCAAGUAAACCUUUUGUAAGGCUGCUGCUCAAUGUCAAGUGCAAAGCCUGUGCUUGAUCCUGCAUUUCAAGGAGCUGGCCAAAAACCUGGCACAGAAAUAUGGAGGAUUCAAGAUUUUAAACCAGUUCCUUUGCCAAAAUCAGAUUAUGGAAAAUUUUACUGUGGAGAUUCAUAUAUAGUUCUCCAGACGACUUGCAACAAAGGUGGUGGUGCCUAUCUUUUUGACAUCCACUUUUGGAUUGGGAAAGAUUCUAGCCAAGAUGAAUCUGGGACUGCAGCAAUUAAGACAGUUGAAUUUGACACCAUGCUUGGAGGUCGCGCAGUCCAGCACAGAGAACUCCAAGGCUAUGAGUCUGAUAAGUUCCUAUCAUACUUCAAGCCAUGCAUUAUACCCUUGGAGGGGGGUUUUGCCUCUGGGUUUAAAAAACCUGAAGAGGAAAAGUUUGAAACACGGCUAUAUAUUUGCAAAGGGAAGAGGGCUAUCAGAGUCAAAGAGGUUCCCUUUGCUCGUUCAUCAUUGAACCAUGAUGAUGUAUUUAUCUUGGAUACUGAGAAUAAAAUAUAUCAAUUCAAUGGUGCAAACUCCAAUAUUCAAGAGAGAGCGAAAGCUUUGGAAGCGAUUCAACAUUUAAAGGAGACGUACCAUAAUGGAGUGUGUGAUGUUGCAAUUGUUGAUGAUGGAAAAUUGCAAGCAGAAUCAGAUUCAGGCGAAUUCUGGGUCCUUUUUGGAGGUUUUGCACCAAUCGGGAAGAAAGCUGUAAGUGACGAUGAUGUUGUUCUUGAAGCCACAGCUCCCAAGCUUUACAGCAUCAAUAAUGGUCAAUUAAAGUUAGAAGACACUGUUCUGUCAAAAUCAAUUCUUGAGAACAAUAAGUGCUUUUUGGUCGACUGUGGGGCUGAUUUAUUUAUAUGGGUUGGUCGACUAACACAAGUGGACGAGAGAAAAGCUGCUAAUGCGGCAGUUGAGGAAUUCAUUGCUACUCAAAACAGGCCAAAGACAACAAGAGUAACUAGAGUCAUUCAAGGCUAUGAGAAUCAUACAUUCAAGUCUAAAUUUGAAUCCUGGCCACUAAAUAGUGCAGCAGGAAGUGCUAGCAUGGAGGAAGGGAGAGGGAAAGUUGCAGCUCUGUUGAAGCAACAAGGAGUUGAUGUCAAGGGAGCCUCAAAAAGCAGUGCACCAGUAGAUGAGGAAGUUCCUCCUUUGCUAGAAGGCGAUGGAAAAAUUGAGGUUUGGUGUAUUAAUGGCAGUUCUAAGACUGCACUUCCAAAGGAGGAGCUUGGAAAGUUUUACAGUGGAGAUUGCUAUAUUGUUCUAUAUACGUAUCAUUCUGGUGACAAGAGAGAAGAAUUCUAUUUAACUUACUGGAUCGGCAAGGACAGCAUGCCGGAAGAUCAAGAGAUGGCUUUCCAAACAGCUAAUUCAAUUUGGAAUUCAUUGAAAGGAAGACCUGCUCUGGGCCGUAUUUAUCAAGGGAAAGAACCACCACAAUUUAUUGCCCUUUUCCAGCCCAUGGUUGUUUUAAAGGGUGGAAUCAGCUCUGGAUACAAGAAAUUUGUGGAAGAGAAGGGCUUGAAAGAUGAAACAUAUUCUGGCGAUGGCAUUGCUCUUGUUCGAGUUUCUGGAACAUCAAUGCAUAAUAAUAAAGCACUUCAAGUUGAUGCGGUGUCGUCAAGCUUGAGUCCCACAGAUUGUUUUGUUCUGCAAUCUGGAAAUUCAAUGUUUACAUGGAUUGGCAAUGCCAGUUCUUAUGAACAGCAACAGUGGGCUGCAAAAAUUGCUGAAUUCUUGAAGCCUGGUGUUGCUGUCAAACAUUGCAAGGAGGGAACUGAGAGUUCUGCCUUUUGGUUUGCUCUUGGUGGAAAGCAGAAUUACACAAGCAGAAAUGUCACACAUGAUGUUGUUGUUAGAGAUCCUCAUUUGUAUACAUUCUCGUUGAGGAAUGGGAAGCUAGAGGUCACUGAAAUUUUCAAUUUUUCACAAGAUGAUUUGUUGACUGAAGACAUGAUGAUUCUUGAUACACAUGGAGAAGUCUUUGUUUGGAUGGGUCAAUGUGUGGACACAAAAGAGAAGCAGAAGGCAUUUGAAAUUGGUCAGAAAUACGUAGAACAUGCGGUGACCUUUGAAGGUCUUUCUCCUGAUGUGCCUCUGUACAAAGUCAUUGAAGGAAAUGAACCAUGCUUCUUCAGAACAUACUUCUCCUGGGAUAACACAAGAUCUGUGAUUCAUGGAAAUUCGUUUCAGAAGAAACUUUCACUUCUUUUCGGAAUGCGCUCAGAGAGUGGAUCGAAGAGUUCAGGUGAUGGUGGACCAACCCAAAGGGCAUCAGCAUUGGCAGCUCUUUCUUCUGCAUUCAACCCUUCCCAAAAGAAACAGUCCAACGAUAGGCCUACAAGCUCAGGUGAUGGAGGACCCACCCAGCGUGCUUCAGCAAUGGCUGCCUUAACCUCAGCAUUCAACCCAUCCGCAAAACCCAAAAGCCCACCGCCAUCUCGUGCAGGUCAAGGUUCUCAGCGAGCAGCUGCUGUUGCUGCGCUGUCCAAUGUUUUGACUGCUGAGGGUUCUACUCAAAGCCCUCGCACCAGGUCAUCCCCAUCUGCAGUUGAUGCAGAUGCUGAGAAGACCGAAUUAACUCCAUCUGCUGUGUCCCCUCAGUCUGAAGCAGCGGAGUCAUCGGAAUUUUCUGCAGAUAAGGAUGCCCCAGGAGAUGGAGCUUCUUCUGAGGGAGGGCGGACAGAGCCUGAUGUAUCAGAGGAACAGACUGCUAAUGAAAAUGGAGGUGAAACAACCUUCAGCUAUGAUCGGCUGAUAUCAAAAUCUGCCAAUCCUGUUCGUGGGAUAGAUUACAAACGCAGAGAGACAUAUUUGUCGGACAGUGAAUUCCAGACCGUCUUUGGUAUUACGAAGGAAGAGUUCUACCAGCAGCCAGGGUGGAAACAAGAAUUGCAGAAAAGGAAGCAUGAUCUUUUCUGAAGCACGGUCUAUUUCCCACUACAGCGGUUGCCUGUUUACUAGUUCUCUCUUGCUUGAUUGUUGACAUGGUACAUGAGAGGCCAUGUUAGUCAGCAAUCUUGGUCAUGUUUCAAAGACGAUUGCCGGUGGCUUUCUCUGCUGUUAUCCCAAGUUUUACAGGGUAUUCUUUAUUUGUACAUGGUCUGCGCUAUGCAGCACCAAGGGCGUCAGUACAUUGUUUUGAGCUUGUUAUGGUUCUUGUCCAUCCAUGUGUAUAUUAUUUUUACCCUCAAUUUGGUACAAGCGGUUAUUUCUUAGCGAGGUUUUGGGAUGUAUGAUGCACAUUGAUGUUCAGACUUUCCACUUUCUGUUCCUCUUGUAUUGUACUCUUGGCAUUGUCAUACUGUAUAAAUCUUGUGAUUGUUGAGUGGUGCUUAUGCAUGAUUAUAUUCUU